AUGGUUCACGGGAAGCUGGAGGUCCUUCUCGUCUCCGCCAAGGGCCUCGAGGACACCGAUUUCCUCAAUAACAUGGACCCCUUCGUGAUCCUUACAUGCCGCACCCAGGAGCAGAAGAGCAGCGUUGCAAAUGGAGCAGGAAGCGAGCCUGAAUGGAACGAGACCUUCAUCUUCACAGUCUCUGACGAAACCCCGCAGCUCCAUCUCAAGAUCAUGGACAGCGAUCUCACCAAUGAUGAUUUCGUUGGCGAAGCAACCAUCCCCCUGGAGGCUGUGUUUCAGGAAGGCAGCCUUCCUCCGGCAGUUCAUCCGGUCGUCAAGGAGGAGAAAUACUGCGGAGAGAUCAAGCUUGCACUCACCUUCACUCCAGCAGCGGAAACUCGCCGCCCUGAUGACAGCAUCUGGAGUUGA